AUGAAGGUGGUUACAAGAGAUUCAUACUUUGUGUUUCCUAUAAAAGUGCAUUGUAAACGUCUCUUCUUAUUUUUAUCCAAUCUAGACUCGUCACGUCGAGGAGAACAUUUGGAAAUUAAAAAUGCAACCAUCACAAACGAAAUCAAAGUGCACGCAUCAUUAGUAGAUGCUGAUCUGGUCAGAGACGAUAUUGUUACUCCCGGUGUGGAAAGUCAAUAUUUUCCUUCACAUGCGUCCAAUAUUAAUCAUGACAAUGCUGCAAUGGUAGACGAUCCGUUCACUAUCAUCAUGGAAACAGCAGACAAGGCUGUACAAACUGAUUGCUUCUGUCAGUGUUACAUGGGUGGCAGCAAUGAUCGGGAUAUGAAACAAUUAUUGGAAGAAAUGGGUAACAUUUCCGCCGAAAUGAAAGAUCUUAAAUUGAACAUAACUGGCAAAACGGUGGUAAAGAAGAUGCGAGAACUGUUUCCAAUAAAAUCUGAGACUGACCUGGUCAAGAUCGAUCAUAACAUCGAUAACACAGAGAACUUUGAGCUUCGUUUGAGACUGUAUUUGAAAUAUUUGAAGCCAAAAAGUAGCUCAAUAAUCUCUACUGCUUUCAAAGAAUUGAUCGAUGAUGGAUUUUUGAAAGGAAAGAACUGGGAUGGCUCCAAUAAAAUGCAGCCUCUGAACAAAUUCAAGUUCUUCGAAACGAUCUUAUUUGAUGCCUGGAAGAACAGUACAUUCACCAAAAACGUCUACAUUUCGGCGAUGAAGGAGGAAAUUAAAAGAUCUCAUGAUCGGGAACGUAAGCGUGCUAAAUAG